UUGGGCCUAACCGAGCCGCCGUAGUGCGUCACAUGUUGACUUGUGUUGCUAGUCGAUGCUAGCCACAGCUUGACUAAAGGCAAAACACGAGGAGUUGUUGAGACACCGUUCAGUUGUUGACGGAACUGUCCCAUGAAAUGUCUUAAUGUUUCCGUGUGUUGUCGGAUAAACACACCCUAUAAUGUUCUAUUUAUUCUGCUAAUGUAGCUAGCCUGUUUGCUAGGAAGAGUUGACAUCUCACUGUUGGCUUCAGGUUAGCUAACACAGUCAACAUAGGAGCUGCAAUAAAGAGAGCUCCAGAUGCGGCUAAAGGACCCUUUCUCUUUGAAAGCUGUCGAUAUGACUAAGCGGACUAAUAAACCGAGGAAACCUCGAGACGAAGAGUCGUCAGAUGAAGUCAGUGGGUUGACUUGCCAGCAUGUGAGUAAGGCAGUGGACCUGAGCUCAGUGAAGAAGUCGGUCCUGUCCAGCGUGUGGUUUGUGUGCUCUGACUGCCUAAAGGAGAGGACCAUGAUCGACGGAGAACCAGCAGCAUCACAUGACAUCCUGGUGUGUUUAAAGUGUGGUUUCCAGGGCUGUAACCACUCUGGUAUCCAGCACGCUGUCAAGCACUAUCAAGCGUUCCAUCCCGAGUCUCACUGCAUCACCAUUAGCUUGAGCACAUGGAAGGCUUGGUGUUUUGAAUGUAAUGAGGAGCUCUCCACUCACUGCAACAAGAAGGCUUUGGCUCAGUCCCUGGACUUUUUACAAAAGCACUCAGUCAAGGCAACGUCAGCAGCAUCACCCAAGAUCAUCAAGCUGCGAGAGGAAGCAUCAGAUUAUUCUGAGCCAGCCAGAGGCAAGAAUCCAACCAUCAACAGCACCUUGGUUCCUGUCAAAGGCAUCAAUAACCUUGGCAACACCUGCUUCUUCAAUGCUGUCAUGCAGAAUUUAUCCCAGACGCACAUGCUGAUUGAGCUCAUCCAGGAAGUGAAGGAGAAAGGGUACAAGCUGAGGAUCUGCCCCGCUGUGGACGCCAAUCUGAGUCUCUUGACAGUAACGCUGCCCAAUCCAGAGCCCCUGACGGCAGCCAUGUUUCUCUUCCUCCAGACCAUGAAAGAACCAGGGAAAAGCCACGUCAAUCCCAAGAUCCUUUUCAACCAGCUCUGUCAGAAAGCUCCGCGUUUCAAGGGCUACCAGCAACAAGACAGCCAGGAGCUUCUGCAUUACUUACUGGACUCCAUACGAGUAGAGGAAACUAAACGGGUGAGGGCAGGCAUUCUGAAGGCCUUCAACAAUCCCACAGAGAAGACAGCAGACGAUGAGACCAAACGCCAAGUCAAAGCAUACGGGAAGGAAGGUGUGAAGAUGAACUUUGUUGACCGCAUCUUUGUAGGCGAGCUGACCAACACAAUUAUGUGUGAAGAGUGUGAGCAUAUCUCCACAGUGAAGGAGGCUUUCAUAGACAUCUCCUUACCCAUCAUAGAGGAGAGGAUGUCAAAACCAUCCAAUCCUGGCAGGCUGGGUAAGGGCAGCAAAGAGCAGGACGCCCACUCGGCUCACGCUGACCAGCUUCUUUCUGCAGCUCACUCUUCCAACCGAAACACCAGGAAGCUUAGUGGACAGGUCAGAGUGUGUAUAAAGCAGCAGACCAGAAGGGCAUCGAGCUCUGUGGAGGAGAAGGGAGCAGGCUGUGGUGCGGAGCGACCAGAGGAGGAGGGGGUCGCUGGUGGAUCAGCCCAAAGUGUCACAGUUUGCAAGAUGGCCACUGCCGGCAGCCUAUCAGACAGCAGUGAAAGAGACUCCGUUGCUCAGGACAGUAGUAAUGACGCUGACAGUGAGGCCUCAGAGAGUGAGUGGGCCCCACACACCUUCUCCUCCAGCCACGGGCACGGGCAUGCGUCCACCCCAUCGUCCACUUCCACCCUCACUCCAUCCCCUACACCCGUCUCUGCCUCCUCCCCCUUAUCAUCGUACUCCACGAGGCAGGGUGGCACUGUGGAGCAGCUAGUUACUGCAGUGUCUAAAGUCAACCUGGGCUUCGGCUCUGGGGACUGCUCACCUUCCACCAUGCAAUGUUCUCCAGAGGAGCAGGGAGAGGCACAGUCCCGAGAUAACCUACACCAUCACCAGCACCACCAGGGGGCCUUCCAGUCGCUGUCCCACAGUUACACCCCUAGCUCCAAGGAGUGCUCCAUCCAGUCCUGCCUCCACCAGUUCACCUCUGUGGAGCUGCUGAUGGGCAACAACAAGCUGCUGUGUGAGAGCUGCACUGAACGCAGACAGAAACAGCUGCGGAAGAGUAGCUCAGCUGAUAAGAAGUUGGAGAAGAUUUACACCAGUGCCAGGAAGCAAAUGCUGAUAUCCUCGCUGUCUCCAGUCAUCACAUUGCAUCUUAAACGCUUCCACCAGGCAGGGAUGAACCUACGAAAGGUCAAUCGUCAUGUUGACUUCCCUCUGGUCUUGGAUCUGGCUCCGUUCUGUUCAGCAUCCUGCAAGAACCUGGCGGCUGGUGAGCGUGUCCUCUACAGUCUGUAUGGGAUUGUGGAACAUAGUGGCUCGAUGAGGGGGGGGCACUACACUGCAUAUGUAAAAGUGCGCUCUACCCAGAGGAAAACAGAUCAGCACCUCAGAAACCUAUCAGGUGCGAGGGAGGCCAGCGGCAGCUCCCAGGGCCAGUGGGUGUACGUCAGUGAUACCACCGUUCAAACAGUACCAGAGUCAAGGGUACUCAACUCUCAGGCAUACUUGCUCUUUUAUGAGGAAAUGCUGUAAUGUGACCAACAAAAGCAGUUGUCCAUAAAAAUAUUUUACUUUGUAUUGUUUUUUUUUUUGGUACAGCCUGUACAACUCCUCUUACUGUUCCUGUGAGUGGGUGGAGGGACGAAAAGGGAAAGGCUUCACUGUACACUCACUUUUCUUACAGAAGAAGAAUAGCUAUUGUACCAUAUCCAAACAAAAUAGAUAUAUAAAAGAUGAACAGAUGUUGAAAUUAUUGUUUUCUGCUUUGACAUAGUCCUGAUUUUCAUUUGUUUCUAUAAUGAAAAAUGCUACCCUUUUAUAAGAAGGUUGGAUAAGAGGAAAAAUAAGAUUAUUGAACCUGAGCUAGCAUUAUCGUCUUUGUCCGUCUUUAUCGUCUCUAGGCCACAAUCAUGUGCCUGAGAUAGAAACUGCAUGAAGGAGUUUGCUACAGUACCGAACAGGAAAUAAGCAGUUAUUGCAUGCUAAACUGUCUUCAGCACUGACUAGUUGAUGUCAAUAUAGUGUGUGUGUGUAUAUAUGUGCGAGUGUAUGCACAUACACGUGUGUGGGUGAGGGAGAGACAGGAGAAUGUAGUUUUAAGGUGCUGUGUGUAGCAUUUUCUAAUCAGUAUAUGACUGCCAGGUUAAAUUGGCAUACUUGGUAUUAUUAAUAUUAAAACUCAGGACCAGUGUAAUAAAGAUUGGCUCCUGUGUCAGAGCUCUACACAAAAAAUGUCAUAAAAGAAGGCACUGGCUACGACUUGGUGACAAACAGGCUUGAUUGUAUAUUUUAAUAAUAGAUAAUGGUCGGUAAGAAAUGGCAGAACAAUGAAUUCAGACAUGUUCUGUUCCUUUACAGUAAAGACACAAGGACAAGUAGUAAUAUCAGUCAUGACAGAGUUUAUAAUCAUACAUUUAAGAAACUCCACUGCUAACUAGGAGAGUCCGUACCUCUGCCAAGGCUGAACAAUCCUACACAUGAUAAUCAAUUUCUUAUAGUAGAAAUAAUAAAGACAAAGGGAAGUGGUCUGAAAACCUAAAUCGCCCUUAAUUUGCAUCCGCUGACAUUUUAUUGUUUCUUUUCAGGACCAGGUCCCAUCCGUCCACCAAGUUUGGUGGAAAUGGGUUUAGUAUCUGGGUUUCUUUCAGCCUAUCUCUAUUUAAGAGUGUGGUCUUUAAGUUUGAGAGCAGGACUUUGAUUUCACGUUUAGAUUUUGUAAUGCUCUCACUCAAUACCCUCCGCUCACACUCAAAUAGCCCCUGCUUGUGCUGGUAUUUGCUUUGCUUGUGCUCAAACUGCGCUUGCACUCAUAUAUUUUGUUGCUUGGACAGAUUUUCCAAGCUCCAGCUUCAGCUCUCUUCCUUGUGCUCACGCUGCUUCUGUUCACGCAUGAAACGUCUGCUCUCGGAUUUCUCCUCAGCUCUUGGACAGCUUGGCUGAUUUUAUUGUGCUGCCAUCGUUGUGGGUGUGUUAGCUUUAUGUCUUUGAGAGUCCCAUACAUACAUUCAUAAGUUCAUGCACUGCCGCCCUCCAUGGCUUUAUUUACUCACCAACAACGAGGGUGGAACAAUUUCAUUUGUCAUUACUACACCUGGUGCUCUGUUGGUUGGGGAAUUUUGACAGACUUGUUGCACAAAUAAAUCCAAGAACAGAAGACAAAACCAGAGAGCAGAGGAAAUAUCCGAGAGCAGACGUUUGACCCGUCACAGAGGCAGCGUGAGUGCAAGGAGAAGAGCUGAAGGCUGAUCUGAGUGCAAGCAACAAAAUAUCUGAGCAUUGCAGAAUCUGAACGUAAAAUUGAUAAGUCGUUAGAUAAUAAACAAACAGGACACAAGUUAAUAACAUCUCACAGUAGUUUACUUUACAUCCUGAAAUAGCUGCACACAGCUCCUUUUUAAAGAGUAGCACAACAGUUAUUUUACAGCCUACUUUAAAUGGAUUGUUCUAUUUUUCAUCAGAAUGUAUGAAUGUAAGACUAUCAGUCAGUUACAUUUGCCAAAGACGAGUUUUUGCGGCUGCACGUUAGAGCAGAAAAUCCAAACCAAACGUGAGGUGUUUACUUCAGCCAGAGUUUUGUUAGCAGUAGUUCCUUCAAUCAGUAUCUCUGAUUGUUUAGUGUUGCUGCACCGACAAACACGCCCGAUGCUCAUCAGCCCAACAAAGCACCUUGUUUGCCUUCCAUUGUAUUUCAGCUCUACUGUAACUCUGUGGGCGCACACACAAACCCAUUAAGAAGCCCGACAAAAGAGUCAGCACUGCAACACUGACUCUUUAUUCCCUAAUAUUAUCAAUAAGGUUGAGCAAAAACAAAUAUACAUAUAAAAGGCUUCAAGCCGUACUAGAAAAUCACCUUUGAUGUCAUGUGCAUGGGUUAAUGUUCUCAUGAAUGUAUUGCCUAUUCUUGAAAUGUCUGUCUCAUGAACUGUUCGUCUUUUUCUAUGAAAAUAUUUUAGAUGAAACUUUUUUUUUUUUGAUUGUUGGAUUUUUGCCAAAACAGUGUAAGGGAAAGGGUUAAACAUAUGCAUCACAGUCUAGAGGUUUGUUGUUUUCAUUUUGAAAUAAAGACAAACUCAGUGCCUAUGCUAAGGUUUAAGAAACCUGUGCAUGGUGAGAAGAAAAACAUGCAGAGUCAAAUGCAAAGAGGAACCUGUGGAAUAUUUAUGUACAGUAUAAAUUACUGUAAGCAAAAAUAAUAAUGACUUUAUGUAAUUGUACAUACUAGAAGCUAGAAAAUGUUGGUGCUUCAGGGUUUUUCCUCAAGACGGAUGUUUGUUUCAGAAAGACAUUUAAUUUCAGCUUUGAAAUAAUAAACAUUUUGAAUGAGUAUAACUACAUACUGUAUCAAAAAUAAAUCUAAUUUAUGAACUGAA